AAUCGGAGCCCAGUAGCGGAAACGUCAUGAAGUGACAGCAGAUAGCAGCAGCUCGUGUGAGUUGAGCGCUGCAGCCGCACCGUUUCCCCUUCGAGCACCGAGGCGGAUAUCGCAACCGAGAGAGAGCCAUCGGACCAAAUCCAGUGCCCGUGUGGUCGAUAAGACCUCCGAUUCCCGGCCUAGCCAUGGACGAGCAGGCGGGCCCUGGUGUGUUUUUCAACAACAAUAACAAUUCGGUUCUUCCCGGAGGAAUGAAAGCGCCACAACCGGGCGACGGCGGCGGCGGAGGAGAGGCGGCCCGAGCUCAGUACAGUAUCCCGGGGAUUUUACACUUUCUGCAGCACGAGUGGGCCCGUUUCGAGGUGGAGCGGGCGCAAUGGGAGGUGGAACGGGCCGAACUGCAGGCUCAGAUUGCGUUCCUGCAGGGCGAGAGGAAAGGCCAAGAGAACCUGAAGAAAGACCUGGUGAGACGGAUUAAGAUGCUGGAGUACGCUCUAAAACAAGAAAGGGCAAAACACCACAAGCUGAAAUAUGGAACAGAACUCAACCAGGGUGACAUGAAACCACCCAGUUAUGACUCAGAUGAUGGCAAUGAGAACGAGGCUCUUCCAGAACCGCCCAACAGUCAGCUGAGUUGGAAACAGGGUCGACAGCUGCUGAGACAAUACCUACAGGAGGUCGGGUACACAGACACCAUACUGGAUGUGAAGUCUCAGCGAGUCAAAGCUCUGCUCGGACUGACGGGAGACAGCGGGGAAAGACCCGGAGACCAGAGACAGGAACCCAUGGUGAACGGAACUGAAGUGUCCUCACUAAAGGACAGCACUAACACCAUGAUCGGCAAACCAGAGAUGUCCGACUCCACCACGGUACUCGAAGCCUUCAAGUUCAUCGAGAAAGCGGCGGCAGAGUUUAGUGACGAAGAUGAGGAUGAAGAUAGUGAGGGACAAAACAAAACCAUCGUGGACCUCGCCACCAUGGUGAGGAGGAAGGUGUCUCCGUCCCCCUCCUCUUCCUCAGCAGAUAUGAGUGAUGAUCUUGACACUGAUGAAGUUCUGAAAGGUUUUGAUUUUCUGGCUAACAGUGAGGACAUGGAGGGUCAGACUGAAGCGCCCUCUGCUGGAGAUCGAGAUUGGGAGAAGGAAGAGUCGUGGGACGUGGAUGAGGGCCUGAUCUCUAAACUCAAGGAACAGUACAAGAAGGAACGCAAGGGCAAGAAAGGGGUGAAGAGACCCAACAGGUGUAAACUCCAGGACAUGUUGGCUAAUCUCCGUGAUGCUGAGGAUCUGUCAUCCAUUCAGCCUCCGGUGGCGCCCCCUGUUCGUCCGAGUCUCCCCCGCCUCAAUGAUCAUCCGCUGGGCCGCACGGAUGAGGUUGAAGCCUUGACGUUUCCACCGUCCUCUGGAAAGUCAUUUAUUAUGGGAACAGAUGAGGCUCUGGAGAGUGAACUGGGUCUCGGAGAACUCGCUGGUCUCACCGUGGCCAAUGAGGCUGAGAAUCUGUCUUAUGAUAUCACCAACAACAAAGAUGCCCUCCGCAAGACGUGGAACCCAAAGUUCACGCUGAGGAACCACUUCGAUUCCAUCCGCGGUCUGGCGUUUCACCCGGUGGAGCCCGUCCUGAUCACUGCAUCUGAAGAUCACACGCUGAAGAUGUGGAACUUACAGAAAACGGCCCCAACCAAGAAAUGUGCAGCUCUCGAUGUGGAACCCAUUUACACUUUCAGGGCUCACAGAGGUCCGGUUCUAUGUGUGGUGAUGAGUUCUAGUGGAGAUCAGUGUUUCAGUGGUGGUUUAGACGGAACCAUUCAGAGCUGGAACACUCCCAAUCCAAACAUCGACCCCUAUGAUUCAUAUGACCCAGCUGUGCUGCGGGGGGCGCUGUGUGGUCACACAGAUGCUGUGUGGGGAUUGGUCUACAGCUCGGCUCAUCACCGGCUGCUGUCUUGCUCGGCGGACGGGACGGUGAGACUUUGGAACGCAGCGGAUACCUCACCCGCCAUUACAGUCUUCAAUGAAAAUAAAGAAAUGGGUGUGCCAUCAUCUGUGGAUCUGGUGUGCAGUGAUCCGGCUCACAUGGUUACUGCGUUCAGUAACGGCAGGAUGGGCAUCUUUAACAUGGAGACCCGACAGCUGGUUCUGGAGCUGGAGUCCCAGUCGGCCGGCAAACCUGAUGCACCGUGUCAGAUCAAUAAAGUUCUCAGUCAUCCCACGCUGCCAAUAACCGUAACGGCACAGGAAGAUCGCCACAUCCGUUUCUUUGAUAACACCACAGGUAAGCUGAUUCACUCGAUGGUGGCCCAUCUGGAUGCUGUGACCAGUCUGGCUGUAGAUCCCAAUGGACUUUAUCUGAUGUCUGGAAGUCACGACUGCUCCGUGCGUCUCUGGAACAUGGAGAGCAAGACGUGUAUUCAGGAAUUCACGGCUCACAGGAAGAAGUUCGACGAGUCCAUUAACGAUGUGGCGUUUCACCCCACCAAGUGCUACAUCGGCAGCGCGGGAGCAGACGCCCUCGCCAAAGUGUUCGUAUGACCUUUCACCUCUGACCAAAACUGCUUCCACGGAGUCGUAGGGGCAGUGAGGCAUGAACGUGGACCCAGAGCGGGAAACGGGACGGUAAACGAGGGGUGAGACGUUGUUUUGAGGAAUGAAUGGCGGUGUCGUGGCGGCAGAGGAAGUAGAAUAAUCUCGUCUAAGCCCUCCGAGUCCCCAUAAACCCCUGACCGCGUCCGUCUCAUCUGGGCAGGCCUGGGUGCGUGACGGCAGAUAAACCGCUACCCUUCACUGAGGAACGCCAGAGGAACGUCUCAGUUUCUGUACCCAACAUCUCUGACACUCCUCUCCACAGACCGCGGGUCUCUCUUCAGCCUCAUAGGACGCUGUGUGCUUCCCCACACUUUUUGUUUGUCUGUUUUUUUUCUGACCCGAGCGUGAGCAUUGGUUCGAAUUGCGCGUCACUUUUUGUGAUUUCUGCCUUUGUGGUUUCGUCUUACAUUUUCUCAUUUUAAACCAUGUGCCUUUAGCUUCAGACACAGUCUUGAGAUUGUCUUUGUUUUCUUCAGACGCUGUAUUUAAAGAGGGGACAGCGUAGUGUACCAAAUACAUCAGACUUAUCCAGAUCUGAAUCGAACGAUUUUAACCUAGAAAAUUCUGUAUUUUUGAGGCGACACUGGAGUUAGAUACACACUAAAUGUGUCCAACACAAAAUGACCCAUUUAAGUGUUUCUCAAGAAUUGAUGUAGUCAUGAAAUCCCAUCCAGGUCACAUCUUAAAUGUGCUUCUCUGUUAGAAACAUGAUGUCACAAUGUAACCGUUCUCAGUGGUAGGUUUUGUUUAAUUUAUGCAAAAUAUAAUUUUAUCUGGAUUAACUCUUAAACUUCAUACAGCGCUGCUCAAAGGCGUUAUGUUGAAUGAAUAUUUAAGCUUCUUUUAAAUGUUUUAUGAGCUCACACUGUUACACUUGACUUUAAAGAUGGGCAUUUGUGAUGCGAUCACUCUUAUGUUGUGUUGUACCAACAAACUUUAAGACAUGAUUAUCUCCGAUAUAAAAUCUUGUGACUAGAUUUA